GGUCCGAUUAGAAUGAAGGCUAACUACCUAAAGCUAGUAAAUCAUUAUACCACGUCUUUGUUACCUAACCCGAAUACCUAGAUAAUUUCAUUGAAUUAACUGAGAAUUAAAAUGUUUUUAGCUCUGGUUUUUAUUGAAAAAGCGCAAUAUAAUGUGAAUACUACGACUAAUGUUAAUGCUACUAACGUUGAUAACACAGAAUUUACAAUUUUAGAGAAAUACUGGGCUCAAUCUGGAAUUGUUACUUGGGUUACUAUUUCCUUUAUAUUGUUACAAAUAUUUGCUAUAACUUUUAAAGCUUGCAAAAAAUCUUGCUGUCAAAGAAACGAACAACAUGAUAAAACUACUUGCAAAUUAAAUUUUCUUCCAUGGUGGGUGACAACAAUAAGUAAAUUAGCUCUUGCUAUAAUACAAAAUGUUGUUAUAAUCAACGUUAUCGGUUACGAUAAAUAUAAAUCUAUGCCUUGUCCAUUAAUGUGUGGUAAAGAAGUAUGCCAAGGAGAAUAUGGUAUAACCUUAGGAUUUUGGUUAUUGUUAGUACUUUUUAAAACUACGAUUCAGGAUUUUGGAUGUAAAGAUGAAACUGAAAAUAAAACUAUAAAAUAUAUAAAAAUAUUUGUUAACGUACUUUCUCCACUUGUUGAUAUGGCAGCUAAAAUUUUGGUGAUUUUUUGGCCAUUUUUAAAAUGUCAACCCGAUUUUAAAGAAAUUAAUCAUUGGGAAGUAUAUGGUGCUUCAUUAAUUACUGCAGUAGGCUUUUUAUCAACACCACUUAUACUUCAAUAUUGCCAAAAAUUAAGAUUCAUAUUUAUUAUAGCAACACUUUUUUUCUCUUUAGUUGGUACAUAUUUAGUUGCUACUAGAGCUCCUUCAUUGCCAAUUUUUGGUAAUAAUAUUGGUAUAGUAACAGGAGUAGCAACUGUAUUAAUGUCACUGAUAAACGUUUCUGAAAGUUGCCAAAAAAUUCCUGAUAACAAUCAAAAUUUGGGUGAAUGCUAAAUAGAGCCAGGACUGAGUAUAGAAUUUCACUAACAGAAGAGGAUCCAGCCGAAUUGCGUAAAAAUGUGAGAGGAUCUUGGGGAUUAUAGUGGGUUUAUUAAAGGAUAGGGCGUCAGUUAGUGAUGAACUCGCGACUAAGAA